GGUAUUACAAAAUCCACAGAGUAGAAAGAUAUCUUUCACAAUGAAUCAAGCAUUUCUCAUACACCAGGGCUAGUAUUGGCAUCCCACUGCACCAUAAAGUAAUGAAUAUAUUUACUUUAGAAAAAAGAUUUUUCACUUUAUGUCUGAGGAGAAAACAAUUUUUAUCCUUUUAGGACAUAUUAUUGAGUUGUUGUGAUCUAUGGGUCAAAAAGUCAAAAAUAUGAAGAAGGAAGUAGGUGUUGCAAUACAGUGUGCACGUUUACUAUUGAACCACUUGCAGAAAAUUUGUGGUCAGUCAGACGGCACAGCUUCAGAUUAUCGGAUGUGGAUGAGGAAUCAGGUCUAAUCUCUACCAUCUCAAGAUUCUUCUUUUGUGAGAAAAGGUACCUGAAGCUUUUCCAUUUGUCCCAGCCCAGAAGAAACCACUGAAUCUAUCUCACUAUCAUGGGAAAACUGCCAAACAGCACCAUAGAGAUGCUUAAGAACCAAAUGCUGCAGACCACUUUGCCUGUCCUCUACUUGUUCAUCUUCACCAUCAGCAUUCCCCUCAAUUCUAUCUCUUUGUGGUUCCUUUGCCGUCACUCAAGGCCUUGGACUCCCACCAUUGUGUUUUCAAUUAACCUGACACUCACGGACUUGCUCUACAGCAUGCUCCUCCCUUUUCAAGUUGUCUACCACUUACGGGGAAAUGACUGGCCCUUUGGACAGGUUCUGUGCCGCAUCGUAACGGUUCUAUUCUAUGCAAACAUGCACUGUUCUGUUUUAACCAUGACGAGCAUCUGCAUAGAGCGCUACCUGAGAAUUGUUCACCCGCUGAAGCACAGGACCAUAAGACCCAUUAGAACAGCUCUCCUGACAUGCAUCAUCAUUUGGAUAUUUGUUUUACUGCUGCACUUCCCACUCAUGAAGACAAACCUAACCUUCCAUGUAGAGGAGCUGCAGAUAACCACUUGUUUUGAUAUAUUGCCCAAAGCUAUGUUUCCUUCAAGAAAUCAUUUCAUUGCCUAUUUUGGCUCUCAAGUUCUUCUGUGCUUUCUCCUACCUUUGCUAAUAAUGGCAUUCUGCUACACCUUAGUCAUUCGGACUCUUCUCAAUUCCCCUCCCACACAACUAAGGGAAAUUAAGAAGCAGACAAUGUAUUUGAUAAUAGUGUUGCUUAUAGUCUUUGUAGUAUGUUACGUGCCCAAUAUUGUGAUAUCAAUCAUCCAUUUUGUCUAUACUACCCAAAAUAAGACUGCUUAUGUGGAAUAUAAGCUGUCUCUGGCUUUGAAUAGCCUUAAUUGCUGCUUCGAUCCACUUGUUUAUUAUUUUGGUUCCAAAGAGUUUCGACAAAAGAUACAGAAGAAGCUCUGCAAAUGCAUGCUUGAUAUAUUCAGUGAAACGGUCAACACCUUUUCGGAACAAGAUGUGCCAAUAACAUGCAGAGAACACGCGCCAAAUAAUUAAAAAAUGUAUUUGAUCUGGAACAGAUUAUAUUAGUCAUUGCACCGAAUCAUCAUCCAGAGAUUUUAGAAGUUGUUCUAUUUUAAAACACAGACUGUCAAGAGAUACAGAAAAGUACACCAGGCAAUAUAUUGCCACAACUUAUUCUGGAAACAAACCAGGUACUCAGGAAGGCUCAACGUCCAUGGAAAAAGGCACAUCUCUUAACUUGCCAAGAACAAUGCAUUAUGGGACAUAAAUUACUAUAAAUUAGCAACACAAGAAAUGUGUCAGUGCCAGGCAGGGGCGGCUCCAGGCACCAGCGCAGCAAGCGAAUGCCUGGGGCAGCAAGACACAGGGGGCGGCCUGCCGGUCACUGUGAGGGCGGCAGGCAGGCGGCUUUCAGCGGCACACCUGCCGGAGGUCCGCCGGUCCCACGGCUUUGGCGACAAUUCGGUGGCAGGGACGCCGAUGGUGCGGCA